UCGCUUGCUGAAACAUUUUUUGCAAAUUCGGUCACACUGCGAUUUACUCUGUUAUGGUUUUUCGUGAAAAUGUCCACAUACUACUUUGUUAUUGUGGGACACAAUGAUAAUCCCAUCUACGAGAAAGAAUUCAGUACGGUGAACAAAGAACUAAGGAAAGAGGACCACAGGCACCUCACCCAGUUUAUUGCCCAUGCCGCCUUGGAUUUGGUGGAUGAGCACAAAUGGAAGACGGCCAAUAUGCAACUGAAAUCCAUAGAUAGAUUCAAUCAGUGGUUUGUUUCGGCCUUCAUCACAGCCAGCCAAAUACGAUUCAUCAUCGUUCAUGACAAUAAAAAUGACGAGGGCAUCAAAAACUUCUUCAACGAGAUGUAUGACACGUAUAUCAAACACUCCAUGAAUGCAUUCUAUCGCAUCAACACACCCAUUAAAUCUCAGAUGUUUGAAAAAAAGUCGGAGAUCUUUGGCCGGAAGUAUCUGUUAUCCUAAAUUUGUUAUAACCUGUAGUAAAUAAGUAACCGUGUAACAUAAAACUUCAACUAAUUUGAAAGCAUAA